AUGGCUGUGUGGUUCGUGAUCGCCCUGGGCAGGGCGGCCAGCCCAGGCUUGCGGGCACGAGCUUCCCGGAUCCCUGCGUUCCUCCGCGGCACCCCCAGAGGCUCCCAGCCCGCACCCCGAGUGCAGGCGUUGCACCUCACCGCGGCUGUCCCCGCCGGGCACAACAAGUGGUCCAAGGUCCGGCACGUCAAGGGCCCCAAGGACGCCGAAAGGAGUCGCAUCUUCUCCAAGCUCUGCCUGAGCAUCCGCCUCGCGGUGAAGGAGGGUGGUCCCAACCCUGAGCUCAACAGCAAUCUGGCCAACAUUCUAGAAGUGUGUCGCAGCAAGCACAUGCCCAAGUCAACGAUUGAGGCAUCUUUGAAAAUGGAGAAAACCAAAGGCGUUUAUUUGCUAUACGAGAGCCGUGGACCAGGGGGCUCCUCUCUCCUCAUCGAGGCAUUGUCUAACAGUAGCUCCAAGUGCUACUCGGACAUCAGGCAUAUCCUGAGCAAGAAUGGGGGCAUGAUAGCUGAAGGCGCUCGCCACUCCUUUGACAAGAAGGGGGUGGUUGUGGUCGGAGUGGAAGACAGAGAGAAGAAAGCUGUGAACCUGGAGCGCGCCCUGGAGCUGGCCAUUGAAGCAGGAGCUGAGGAUGUUUUGGAAGCUGAAGAUGAGGAAAAAAACGUUUUUAAAUUUAUCUGUGACACCUCUUCGGUGCAUCAAGUGAGGAAGAAGCUCGACUCUCUGGGCUUGUGCUCUGUGUCCUGUGCACUUGAGUUCAUCCCCAACACGAAGGUGCAGUUGGCUGACCCUGACCUGGAACAGGCCUCUUAUCUCAUCCAGGCUCUCAGUAACUAUGAAGAUGUGAUCCAGGUCUAUGAUAACAUCGAAUAACCAUGCUGGACGUGCUCCCGGGCUCUUGUGCAAUGAGCAGCACCACUCAACAUCAGCUUCUGCAACAUCUGCUGAGACUGGAACAGUGGGGGCGCUAACGAGUUACAAGGCUUAAGAACAGCAAAAUCUGCAGCUUUGUGGCUACAUUGUUAGCCUACUUGGUGUCUCAGGGUGCCCCCCCCCCAUCCCCGGGGUGCAGGGCAGAGCCAGGCAGUUGGCCGUAUGGGAGCAGUAUUUGCUCUGGGUGCAGGAACUGAAGACUGUAUUAGAACACUUGCAGUGGCUGGUCUGUAUCGCUGUACCACUUUGUGUGGCUCUUGAGUUUUUCUGGGUUUGGAUUCCAAAUUUUGGGACCCUCAAGCCUAUAGUUUUUUUUCUAACAUAAUACCAGGACUAAAAUUAGGCUCUGUCUUGGGUGGCAUAGUCAAGUGCUAGUUGAACAGCAAGGCCAAACCUGCCAUUCAUUCACCCUAUUG